UUGGCUCCUUAGCGAUAAGUAUGCUUUAACCGUGGGCCACCCAAGCUCCAGUGUGGUGGUGGUCAGUUGACUGAGUGACUGCACCUGGACAACAGUAUUAAGUUUCAGUUGCUUCCCGAGGCCAUAAAAAUGUUAGCUGUAGUUCGCACGCGCUUGCUUGAGCAUGUGCUCCUCCCAUUCGUGUGCGCGAGCGCGCGCGGCCGUGAAAACUGAAAGUUGGUGAGCAGACGUUAUCUAGCCGUUGCCGAUGCAGGCGAGCAGAGAGGAACAGGGAGACAAAAAAGGGCAACAGACGACAGCGGAGAGACUUAUGGAUUAAUUUUACCCUACGCCAUUUUUAGAAGACUUUUUGUAGAUAAACAACGGCGGAAACCUGGUUUAGUCCCCAUCGUCCGGUCCUUCCCAACCUCCCUACCCUUUUUCCCCCAUUGGCUCUUGCUCCCAGAGGGCGGAGAUAAGCAUGGGGUAAGACAGCUGAGACUAAACGUCAAGACAACGCCAGCUGAAGAGGCACACUCACCUGCCCUGGUGGUGUCUGGUGGAAGACUGCCAUGGCUUUGCUGCGUUGGAACCUAAAGCUUAUGGUGACAUUGACGAUGGUCAACCUCUUUAUCUUCAUCCUCAUCUCGCGUAACAGCAGCACAGACAAAGAUGGCCGUCGGAAGCCCACUGUUCCCACCGAUCCAUUCUGGACCAAGCUGGCCCCCAGAUUCCCCUACUGGAACCGCCAGCAGCAGAUCAUGGAUCUUCAGCACAAUCCCAUCAUCACCUUGAACUCCAGCAUUGCAGACUUGCCCGACUGGCUCAACGACACCAGUUUACCUUCCGAUCCCUGCCAGCCCAACCUUGGGGUCAGAACUCAGGUUAAAGACUACAAUUCUUUACCGAACCGCUUCAAGGACUUUCUGCUAUACAUGCGCUGCCGGUCCUACCCCGUCCUCAUGGACCAGCCGGACAUCUGUAAUGACCCCCCUUUCCUGCUCCUCGCCAUCAAGUCCCUGGCGCCGCACUUUGUCAGACGCCAGGCCAUCCGCCAAUCCUGGGGCUCGGCAGGCAUCGUCGCCAACAUGACGGUGGUCACCGUCUUCCUUCUGGGGAACGCCACAGCUGUUGACCACCACCCAGAUCUGUCCGAGAUGCUGCAAUACGAGAGCCGACGACACAAAGACAUAGUGCAGUGGGACUUUAGAGACUCCUUCUUUAACCUGACGGUUAAAGAGCUCCUCUUCUUGGAGUGGAUCCAGACCCGUUGCCCUGGUGCCCGCUACAUCUUCAAGGGUGACGACGACGUCUUUGUCAACACCUACCGUAUCCUGGGCUUUCUCAAGGGCCUAUCAGGACCCAAAGCCAGGGACCUGUUUGUGGGUGACGUGAUUACCAACGCGGGGCCCCACCGGGACAAAAAGGUCAAGUACUUCAUCCCAGAGAGCAUGUACACCGGAACGUACCCGCCAUACGCAGGAGGAGGGGGCUACCUUUACUCUGGAGACCUCGCCGCCCGCCUGCAUAACGUCUCGCAACACGUGGUACUCUACCCCAUCGACGACGUCUACACCGGGAUGUGCCUCCGGAAGCUGGGGCUCGCGCCGGAAAAGCACAAAGGAUUCCGGACCUUUAACAUAGAGGAGAAGUACCGGUCGAACCCGUGCGCUUACAAGAGCCUGAUGCUGGUUCACCCCAGGACGCCGCAGGAGAUGAUCCAGAUCUGGUCCUGGCUCAAUCGACCUGACAUCACCUGCCAGUGAUCAGACCGACGGGACCCACUUGGCUCAGUUUGGCCCCGAAAAGUGACAUGUUUUUUAUCUUGAACAGGGUCAUGACUUAAAAGUUGGCAGCUUUAAUAAGACUACAUAAAGCUGUGGGAGAGUAAGAAAUUAUUUUCUCGAGCUAAUUCAACAGGCUUAGCUUCUUUCAAAGUGAAUGUCUUCAAAAAUGGAUAUUUAUGUCUGCUAUUUAUGAAAGCUUUAUACUGCUUAAACACUGUCAACUCCACAAUGGAGGUUCUCAAUGCUGUAUUAAUAUAGAGUAAUAUAGAGAAAACCAUGAUAACAUCAUCCCUCUUACUCUGAUGGAAAGUUAUAAGAAGUAUUGGUGAAAAAAGCACCAAACAACCGGGUUCACUGGCAAGAAAAGGCGAUCCCAGGUAACACUUUGUAGUUUUUUUGUGUGUUUGUUUUUAUUUCCUUGAGGCUUAUAAACUGUGCUGCUAUUCCCAUCAUCCUCCCUGAAGUAUUUACAUGCAACACUCCAAGCAGAGCUUCAGCAUGACUUUUAUUAGUAUGUCUUUUUAAAUGAGUCGCUUAUCUGAUCAGAAAGAGUGGUGUUGCAGAAAUCCAUAGCUGUUUCACAUUGUCUGUAAUAGAGAUACUUUGCUUUCACGUGUUUUUUUGUGGAUACAGCAGACUGGGUCUCUGGAUAAAAUGGUGGCCUGGUUCUGUUUCGCUCAGCAGGAUGAAAGGUGAGCUGGAGUAAUCCAAGGGU